AUGAUGCGCCGCAGCCGCUUCGGGACGGCACUUGCCCUGCUGGGAGGUCUCGCUGCCCUGGCCUGGGUUGCGCCCAGCCAUGGAGGUCCAUCCCGUGCCCCGGGCCGCACCGGUCGAAGGGCUCUGAACUCGGCCCCUUUCGGUGGCAUGUCCGAGCAGGAGUACCUGGAAUAUCUGAAAACAUCAGGCGUGGACAUGGACGAUAUGUCCCGGGACUACACCGACAACGUCGGCGGCUUGUUCGAGGCGUUCCUGCCGAAAGGAGGCGUCACGCCGGAGUACAUUGGCGGGAUCGUAGGCUGGGGGCUCCUCUUCACCAUCCUCACGGCUGUGGCCAUCACCCUGUUCGAGAAGUACGUCCUUGGCAAAGAUGUGGAGAUCGACUGGACCGGCCGAUCGAGCAAAGUCGGCCGUAUCCUCGCUGGCGAGGACGUUCGUGGCAUCAAAGAAGAGCCCUCGGAGCUGGACUUCUUCCAGGGCUCCAUCCAGGAGCUCAAGGACCUCCGCGCGGCCGAGGCAGAGAACGGCAUGGACCCGUUGGCCAACAUCGGCAUCAAGCGGAAUAAGGAGUGGAUCGAGGAACAGAAGAAGAGGGUGAAGGACUGA